UCAAUUGAAAUAAAGAAAUAAAAAGUUGUAAUUAGAAAAUGAUUUAAGUUUAGAGUUAGCAUAUGAUGAGUUUAGGCAUUAUUGAGUGUUGGAACAAAACAUGUGGCUUUUAAGCAUAUUCGGAGUUGUAAAGCACAAAAUUAUAUGAAUAUUCUUAUUCUUUUAUGUGAUCCGACUGCACCUCUAAUUUUUGAGUCAAUCCAACUUGUUUUCUCAUUUUAUAUUGACCAUAAUACCCCCCAAUCCUUCUUAUCCUUUUCACGAACAAAAUAAAACUUUUGAAUUAUGACAUUCAUUUAGGAUAUUUAAAUAUUCAUCUCUUUCUCUAUCUAAAUUCCAAAAGAUUAAAGUGUUUGGUAUUGUUAUUAUGCUGUAAUAAAAGAUAUAAUAUAAUAAUUGGAGGGCAAUUUAGACAUUUCACUAUCCAAUUGUGUAAUUAAUCAAUUAAUUAGUUUUAGCAAAACACAGCUACUAAUUGCAUGUUACGCACUCAUUCGGGAACUCCGUGCAAUCGUGUUCGGGUACUGCCACCUGUCAGAUGAAGCCAAAAAACUCAUUAUUAUGCCACGUGGAAGCAUCCUAUUUAUCAGCAUUAAGAACACUAACCUUACCGUAGGUUAGCAGAGUCACAAUCUCCUUCUUUAUUCCCGAAAAAUAAAGGGAAACAUGAAAAAGAUAUUUCAUAUUUAUAUUUAAAUUUAUAUAUGUAUAUAUAAACCACGACGUACCAUGAAAUUUUCUUUACUGAUUUUCUUAUAUUCAAUAUCACACUAAUAUGUUAAGACAAUUGGGUUUUGAAUAAAAUUAAAGCUUGAAGUAUUAAAUAUAGAAGAUCAUGUCGUCGGAGAAGCUUCUAGGUGGGAUGCCGGCGGCGGCGUCUCACUCUUUCCGGCAAUGGGGAGAACCGGCGGCGAGGAUUUUCGAUGAUCUUCCUAUGGCAACAAUUUUAGAGGUGUCACGUCCCGACACCGGCGAUAUCAGUCCCAUGCUUCUCUCUUAUACCAUUGAGUUUCAGUACAAACAGUUCAAGUGGCGUUUAGUAAAGAAAGCUUCCCAAGUUCUAUAUUUACAUUUUGCUUUAAAGAAACGUGCAUUUAUUGAGGAGAUUUACGAGAAGCAAGAACAGGUUAAAGAAUGGCUUCAUACAAUUGGAAUAGUUGAUCAAACAACAGCAGUAGUACAAGAUGAUGAUGAACCUGAUGAUGGGGCUGUUCCUUUACAUAAUAACGAAGACACUGUUAAAAACAGAAAUGUGCCUUCCAGAGCUGUUUUGCCAAUUAUUCGUCCGGCAAUCGGAGGACAACAAUCGAUUUCGGAUAGAGCAAAGGAGGCAAUGCAGGGCUAUUUGAACCAUUUUUUGGGAAACUUGGAUAUUGUAAAUUCUCAAGAGGUGUGCAAAUUCUUGGAGGUCUCUAGGUUGUCAUUUCUACAUGAGUAUGGUCCAAAGUUGAAAGAAGGCUAUGUAAUGGUAAAGCAUCUAUCAAAUAUUCCAAGAAGGAAUUCUGAUACAAAUUGCUGUCUUUUCUCUUGGGUCUUUUGCUGUCAACACAAUUGGCACAAGGUUUGGGCUGUUUUAAAACCUGGUUUCAUAGCCUUAUUGGAUGAUCCUUUUGACAUUAAACUCUUAGACAUAAUAAUUUUCAAUGUACUUCCACAUUCAAAAGUAAAUGGAGGAUCACCAAUCAAUUUAGCAGAUCAAAUAAAGGAAAGAAAUCCUCUACGUUACACAUUCAAGGUUAGCAAUGGAAAUCAAAGCAUAAGGAUAAGAACCACAAGCAAUGCUAAAGUUAGACAAUGGGUGUCUGCAAUCAAUGAUGCUGGUUUAAAGCCUCCAGAAGGUUGGUGUCAUGCUCACCGAUUCGAGUCCUAUGCUCCGCAGAGGGGUUUGAUUGAAGAUGGGAGUCAAGCCCAGUGGUUUGUAGAUGGAAAGGCAGCCUUUGAAGCUAUUGCUUCAGCAAUAGAAGAUGCAAAAUCAGAGAUUUUCAUUACUGGCUGGUGGGUUUGCCCAGAAUUGUAUCUGAGACGCCCUUUUGAUUCGAACUUCUCGUCUCGUCUAGAUGCAUUGCUAGAAUUGAAAGCCAAGCAAGGUGUUCAGAUAUACAUUCUUCUAUACAAAGAGGUUUCUAUUGCUUUGAAAAUAAAUAGUUCAUACAGUCAAAGAAAGCUUCUCAACAUUCAUGAGAAUGUGAAAGUUUUACGUUAUCCAGACCAUUUAUCUACUGGUGUAUAUUUGUGGUCUCACCAUGAAAAACUUGUCAUUGUUGAUUAUCAAAUUUGCUUCAUUGGAGGAUUAGACUUAUGCUUUGGUCGUUAUGACACAACAGAACACAAAGUGGGUGAUUCUCCCUCUAUUAUAUGGCCAGGCAAGGACUACUACAACCCCAGAGAAUCUGAACCAAAUUCUUGGGAAGACACGAUGAAAGAUGAAUUGGAUCGCGGAAAAUACCCUCGUAUGCCAUGGCACGAUGUCCAUUGCGCGGUAUGGGGACCUCCAUGUCGUGACAUAGCUAGGCAUUUUGUUCAGCGUUGGAACCAUGCCAAGAGAAACAAGGCCCCAAAUGAACAAACCAUUCCACUACUUAUGCCUCACCACCACAUGGUGAUCCCUCAUUACAUGGGAAAAAGCAGAGAAAUUGAUAUUGAGAACAAGACAGCAGAAGAUAAGAGAAACGAUUUCGCCCAACAUAACUCAUUUUCCUCACUCUCAGCAUUGCAAGAUAUCCCAUUGCUUUUGCCUCAAGAAAGUGAUGGUUUACUGGAUUCUCAUAAUGACAACAAUCUCCAUAGUGAAAUGUCUUUAGAUAAUUCAAAGGAGUGGUGGCAAAAUCCAGAUCAGGAAACCAAUCAAAGGCCUUCUUCUGCUAAUGAUGACUCUGGACAAGUUGGUCCCCGAACGACAUGUCGUUGUCAAGUUAUUAGAAGUGUAAGCCAGUGGUCAGCUGGAACAAGUCAAACAGAAGAAAGCAUUCAUAAGGCUUAUUGUUCUCUUAUUGAGAGAGCAGAGCACUUUGUUUACAUUGAGAAUCAGUUCUUCAUUUCAGGUCUCUCAGAGGAUGAUAUUAUACAAAACCGGGUCCUAGAAGCAAUUUACAGACGAAUUCUAAGAGCACGCAAAGAACAAAAGUGCUUUCGAGUUAUUGUAGUGAUACCACUCUUACCUGGCUUUCAGGGGGGAUUGGAUGAUGGUGAUGCAGCAACUGUUAGAGCUUUAAUGCAUUGGCAGUAUAGAACCAUCAGCUGGAAAAAAACAUCAAUAAUGGAUAAUCUUACUUCUUUGCUUGGAUCUAAAGCAAAUGAUUACAUCUCUUUCUAUGGUUUAAGAUCGCACGGUAGACUUUUUGAAGGUGGCCCUUUGGCUACAAGUCAGGUUUAUGUUCACAGCAAAUUGAUAAUUGUAGAUGAUCGUGCUGCUUUGAUUGGAUCUUCAAAUAUUAAUGAUAGAAGUUUACUUGGAUCUAGAGAUUCUGAGAUUGGGGUACUAAUUGAAGAUAACGAGUUUGUUGAUUCAACCAUGAAUGGACAGCCAUGGAAAGCUGGAAAAUUUUCUUUUAGUCUUCGAUGCUUCUUGUGGUCUGAGCACCUGGAUCUUCAUGCAGGAGAGGUAAUAAAAAUCAGUGAUCCUGUAUCAGAUUCCACUUAUAAAGAUCUAUGGUUAGCAACUGCAGAGAAGAAUUCAACCAUUUACCAAGAAGUGUUUUCUUGCUUUCCCAAUGAUCUUAUACAUUCAAGAGCUGCUUUUAGACAAUGCAUUGGUCAUUGGAAAGAAAAACUUGGUCACACUACAAUUGAUAUGGGAAUAGCUCUUGAAAAGGUAGAAAUUUAUGAUGAGGAUGGAAAAGUGAAGUUAAUAGAUUCAAUUGAAAGAUUGGAAUGUAUAAAGGGUCAUCUUGUGUGUUUUCCUCUACAAUUUAUGUGUCAAGAAGAUUUGAGACCCUUUUUCAUUGAGAGUGAGUUUUAUGCAUCUUCUCAAGUAUUUCAUUAACUAAUUCAUUAUUUAAUUGUAUAUAUAAUAUAUAUAGUUUCACAUAGCACAAGUGAGAGAGUGAGAAAGAAAUAGAGGUUCUAUUACAAAAAUAUGUAGAUUUUAUAAUUUGGUUGGUGAAAUCACUCGAUUUUAUUUUUCAUGUAAAGAAAUAGUUUAUAGGCAAAACA